AUGCCACUCACCACUUCUGCUGCUAAUGUUGCUGCUGACAAUGAAGAACAACUCGAUUCUCGUCUCCAACAAUACAAAAACUUGAAUAAGCAUGAUGUAAGUGGAAAUUUUGGAUUGAAAAUUUGAAGAAAAAAUCGAAAUUUGAUAUUUCAGGAACUCCGUAGACGUAGAACAGAAUGUAGUGUUGAAAUUAGAAAACAAAAGGGUGCCGAUAUGAUGAUGAAAAGAAGAAACAUUGUGGAAGCUGAAGAAGAUUCGGCAUCAGAGAGUGAAUCUGAUGUGGAACACAAACCAGCCUCCGCUCCUGUCAGAUAUACAAAUGAUGAGAUCAAGAAAAUUUUGUCAAACAAUCCAACCGAUGAGCAAAUGUUGAAAUGUUUCGAAAGUCUUCGCAAAUCAUUGAGCAAAAACAAGAAUCCACCAAUUGAUGAAGUUAUCCGAACUGGACUUCUUCACGCGCUCGUACAAGCUCUCAAUUUAGAUGUGAGUAAAUAAAUCGUUCGGUUUUCUGAAAAAAAACGAAAAUUUCAGAAUGUCAAAGUUUUAUACGAAGCUGCUUGGGCGUUGACAAACAUCGUUUCGGGGACAACUGAACAAACCAUCGCCGCCGUUGAAGCUGGAGCCACAGCUCCACUUGUCAAAUUAUCUGUUCACGAGAAUCCACAACUUUCCGAACAAGCACUUUGGGCUGUUGCCAAUAUUGCUGGAGACAGUGCACAACUUAGAGACUAUGUUAUUCGUAAGUUCUAGAUGCUCUAUCCUGCGAAUUAUAUGUAAAGUUGAAAUUUUCAGAAUGCCAUGGAAUCGAAGCAUUGAUGCAUUUGAUGACAAGCCUUGAUUCACUUAAUGUAACUCACGCAAGAACCGUUGCUUGGGCCUUCUCCAACAUGUGUCGCCACAAGAAUCCACACGCUCCAAUCAAUGUUCUCCGCGUUCUUAGCCACGGUCUCACCAAACUCGUCCAACAUUCAGAUCCACAAGUUCGUCAAGACGCUUGCUGGGCUGUCUCAUAUUUGACCGAUGGACCAGAUGAGCAAAUCGAAUUGUCACGCGAAUGCGGUGUCCUCCAACACAUCAUCAAAUUCUUCGACGCCACCGAAACUCUUGUCGCUCCGGCGUUGAGAACUUUGGGAAAUGUCGCGACUGGAAGUGAUGUUUUGACUCAAACAGUCAUCGAUCUCGGAACUCUUGAACACAUUAUUCCAUUGUUGACGAGAACCAAAUCGACAAGUAUUGUAAAGGAGUGUUGUUGGUUGAUUAGUAAUAUUAUAGCUGGAACUCAACAACAAAUUCAAGCGGUUCUUGAUGCUCAUCUUCUUCCAGUUAUUGUCAAUAUCCUCAAAUCGGUAUUUUUUUUAAGAUUUUGUGUGUGUGUAUUUAAAUCUCAAUGAUCCGGUUCCAGGGUGACUACAAAUGCCAAUUCGAAGCCUCGUGGGCUCUCUCAAACUUGGCUCAAGGUGGAACUUCCAAGCAGAUUUUCGAGAUGGUUCGAGAAGGCGCGAUCCCGGCGAUUUGCGAGGCAUUGAAUCAAACUAACACCGACAUGUUGAAUAAUGCAUUGGAGACUUUGUACAGCAUUUUGGUCACCGUUUCGAAUAGGUAAGUUUUGAAAGAAAAUUUGAAAUUAACACAUUUUUUCAAAAAAACAUUAAAUACCCUCAAAUUUGGUCUGCGGGUUUUUUGUUGAAAAAAAAAAUGAUUGAGAAACUCAUAAGAAAUGCAUGUAGUCAAAUGAGUAAUUGUUUCUGAAUGAGCAAUUUUUCAGCUAUCCAGCCGAUGUGGAUUCAGUCAAUGCUCAAGUUGAAGAAUGUGGUGGAUUGGAUCAAUUGGAACGUCUUCAAGAAUCGCAAUCGGAACAAAUUUACUCGCACGCCUACCGUAUCAUUUCCGAAUUCUUCAAUGUUGAUGACGAUGCUGAAGUAGGCAACGAAAUCGAUGAAAAUAGCCAAAAUACACCAUAUGCCUUCUAA